UAACAAAAUGUCACAAACAGUACGUUUUGCGGCAAAGGGCAGAAGCUCAGAAUUCACCGCGGAGGAAGAUAGAACAGAGGAGACCAUGGCGUCGAGAGAAGCUUCACCAUCUUAUCCCAGCGCCUCCAGACUCUCCGAUUCCCUCUGCUAUCCUCAAUAUACAGCGUCUCUUAAAUGCCUGGAGGAAUUUAACUCAGACAAGGGCAAAUGUCAAGAGCAAUUUGAUAUUUAUAAGGAAUGCAAGAAGAAGGAGAGGGAAGCUCGAUUGGAGCGCAACAGGAAAAAAUCUUUCUUCUCAUGAAACCUUGUAUGGGAACCCAUGGUCACACAGUAAAGGUAUAAGGAACUUGUUGGAUCCUCCUCUUUGACUUAGUGACUUCUUUGUCAUGCAGCACAAGAGCUUCGAUUGAACUUCUAUACUAAGGUCAUGUUUUCAAUAAUGGCUGAAAUAGGAACUGAAAGCAGGAUCUGGAAAACAUUUCAAACUUAAAUAUGACCUAAACCAGGAAUAUUGUUGGUAUAUUGAUAACCUUUUUUAGGGGUAAAAUAAUCACCUCAACGUCUGCUUUAUCAUUCAGCAAUUAUGUAGAUUUUGAGUUGCUAAAAUGCUGGAUUGUAACAUUUAUAAAUUUGGAAAAUUUUCCACCAUUCCACAUUUUUUCCUAUUUAAUGAUUAUCAAACACUA